AUUACAAAAACAAUGAGCAUUAUUUAGCUAAUAAACCCAACGAAAAUAACAUUGCCAAGGACAAAUCAAAUUGGGUUUAUACUGAAACGAAAUUAGAGAGCACUUUCAAAAGAGAAAAAGAUAGAAACUGAAGGGGAGAGAGAGGGAUAUGGGUAGUAAUGGUGGAAUUGCUACUAAUGCUACUUGUGUCUUAGUAAUCUGCACUCUUUUACUGUUGACAGUUAGUGGAUCAAAUGGGUCUCGUAAAACGGGGAGAUUAUCAUCAGUGUUUUCUUUGUUCAAUCUCAAAGAGAAAAGCAGGUUUUGGAAUGAGGCUGUUAUCCGUGGUGAUUUUGAUGAUUUGAAAUCUUUAAGCCCGGGUAAAGCAGGAGCCAUCAAUUACACAAAGGCUGGUAAUAUUGCAAAUUAUCUAAUGCUUCAGGAAGUGGAUUCUCUGUACCUUCCAGUUCCUGUGAAUUUCAUUUUUAUAGGAUUUGAAGGAAAAGGGAAUCAGGAAUUCAAACUUCAUCCAGAAGAACUUGAGCGCUGGUUCACAAAAAUUGAUCACGUCUUUGAACAUACAAGAAUUCCGCAAAUUGGAGAGGUGCUCACCCCAUUUUACAAAAUUAGCAUUGAUAAAGAGCAACGUCACCAUCUUCCCAUCAUCAGUCAUAUAAAUUACAAUUUUUCGGUUCAUGCUAUUCAGAUGGGCGAAAAAGUCACUUCUAUUUUUGAACAUGCCAUCAACAUUUUGGCUCGCAAGGACGAUGUGUCUGGUAACAGCAAUGAUGAGGAUGUCCUUUGGCAAGUGGAUGUGGACAUGAUGGAUAUUCUUUUCACUAGUCUUGUGGAUUAUCUUCAACUUGAAAAUGCAUAUAACAUUUUCAUUUUGAAUCCCAAGCAUGACUUAAAGAGGGCAAAAUAUGGCUACCGGAGAGGCUUAUCAGAGUCUGAGAUAAAUUUUCUGAAGGAGAACAAGAGCUUGCAAACAAAAAUUCUCAAGUCGGAAACCAUUCCUGAAAGUAUCCUUGAACUUGAGAAGAUUAAGAGACCUCUGUAUGAAAAGCAUCCAAUGACAAAAUUUGCCUGGACAAUAACUGAAGACACUGAUACAGUGGAAUGGUAUAAUAUUUGUUUGAAUGCACUCAAUAAUGUUGAGAAGUUGUAUCAAGGGAAGGAUACUUCUGAUAUUAUUCAGAACAAAGUUCAUCAGCUAUUGAAAGGGAAGAAUGAAGAUAUGAAACUUCUUGAAAAGUAUUUAAAAUCUGGGGACUUCGGUGAUUUUCAUACAGAAUGUCUUACAGAUACAUGGAUUGGCAGGGACAGGUGGGCAUUUAUUGAUUUAACUGCAGGCCCUUUCUCUUGGGGCCCUGCUGUUGGGGGGGAAGGUGUGCGCACAGAACUUAGUUUGCCUAACGUGACAAAAACCAUUGGUGCAGUUGCAGAGAUUUCGGAAGAUGAAGCCGAAGAUCGCUUGCAAGAAGCCAUUCAGGAAAAGUUUGCAGUAUUUGGUAAUAAAGAUCAUCAAGCCAUUGAUAUCCUUCUAGCAGAGAUUGAUAUUUAUGAGCUUUUUGCUUUCAAGCACUGCAAGGGAAGGAAAGUUAAGCUAGCCCUCUGUGAAGAACUUGAUGAGAGAAUGCAGGAUUUGAAAAAUGAGCUCCAAUCUUUUGAAGGAGAAGAAUAUGAUGAAAGUCAUAAAAAGAAGGCCAUAGAGGCAUUAAAACGAAUGGAGAACUGGAAUCUUUUCAGUGAUACUUAUGAGGAGUUUCAAAAUUACACGGUUGCACGGGAUACUUUUCUGGCACAUUUAGGAGCAACGCUGUGGGGGUCCAUGAGACAUAUAAUAUCACCUUCAAUUGCUGAUGGUGCUUUCCACUAUUAUGAGAAGAUAUCCUUUCAACUGUUUUUCAUCACACAGGAGAAAGUUAGGAAUGUAAAACAACUACCUGUGGAUCUCAAGGCUCUCAUGGAUGGGCUUUCCUCCUUGUUAUUGCCUUCCCAAAAAGCUAUGUUCAGCCAGAACCUAUUAUCGCUUUCAGAGGAUUCGGCAUUGGCGAUGGCCUUCUCAGUGGCGCGACGAGCUGCAGCUGUUCCUCUUUUGCUUGUUAAUGGAACAUAUAGGAAAACCAUUCGGUCCUAUCUUGAUUCCUCCAUCAUCCAAUAUCAGCUGCAGAGGUUGAAUGACCAUGUUUCUCUCAGAGGAGCACAUGCCCAUAGCAGGUCUACACUUGAAGUUCCUAUAUUUUGGUUCAUUUAUGGAGAGCCAUUAUUGGUUGACAAGCACUAUCAAGCAAAGGCUCUUAUGGACAUGGUUAUUAUUGUCCAGUCGGAGCCAUCAUCCUGGGAAAGCCAUCUUCAGUGUAAUGGGCAGUCAUUAUUGUGGGAUUUGAGGAGGCCCAUAAAAGCUGCAAUGGCUGCUGUCUCUGAACAUCUGGCUGGUUUACUUCCCCUUCAUCUUGUCUAUAGCCAUGCCCAUGAAACUGCGAUUGAGGACUGGAUAUGGUCUGUGGGGUGCAAUCUUUUUUCCAUAACUUCUCGUGGCUGGCACAUAUCACAGUUUCAGUCUGAUACUAUUGCUCGGAGCUAUAUCAUCACGACCCUAGAAGAGUCUAUACAAUUGAUCAAUUCAGCCAUUCGUCGUCUACUCAUGGAGCGUACUUCUGAAAAGACCUUCAGGCUCUUUCAGUCCAAAGAGCAAGAGCUUGUGAACAAGUAUAACUAUGUUGUUAGCCUGUGGAGAAGAAUCUCAAGCAUUACUGGUGAAUUGCAUUAUGUGGAUGCCAUGAGACUUCUUUAUACCUUAGAGGACGCUGCCAAAGGGUUCUCUGAUCAAGUAAACGCAACAAUAGCGCUUCUCCACCCAGUUCACUGCACGAGAGAGAGGAAAGUGCAUGUGGUGUUUGAUAUGACGACAAUUCCUGCUUUCUUAGUUGUUCUUGGUGUUCUUUAUAUUGUCUUGAAACCAAGGCGACCAAAGCCAAAAAUUAAUUGACAAUAAUUAUGGGUUGUAUGUCAUGAGGACUACAAUGUGAAGUUAUCUUGGAGGGGGAAUGACCAUGCAUUUUCUUCCCCAUAUAUGUUUACACAAUUUGGUUUGUUGUUUGAGGCAGAAAAAAGUUAAUUCAAAUGUUGGUGGCGAAGUACAGAGGAAUGGGGAACGAGAUGGUAACCACAUCGCCACCCGGUUCGGAGAAGCAAAGGACAGUUGAUUUUAGCCUUGCAUCAUAUACACUGACCUAGGUUAUAUAUAACAGUGUCAAAUUGUAACAUAGAGUCCGCUGAAUUCUUUUUGCAGUAUAGAAAUUACAGUCCACUGCAUGUGCUUCUCAAAUUAGUACAUUUCUCUAUGUGCUGGGAGAUUAGAAACAAAGGCAUAUAGAUUUUCAUUUCUUUUUUA